UCUCUCUCUCCUCUAUUUGUGUUCUACCUACUCUUUCUUACAGAAAAGUUUCUAAUUUGGACUUAUACCGCUUUUAAGUGGACUGUGUGCUGCUUUUUGCUUGAUCAGUUGCAGCAACCUUUAAUCACUCCCAUGACAAAAAGGACAAUUCCACUAGAACUCUCUAAGCUUUCCAAAUUCAAGAGCUUAUUAGUCUCUAAAAGACAGCAAUUGGGUUUUUCCCACCUAAUCCAUUCUUGUUGUUUCACUCAAAAUGCCUCUCAUUACUUCUCUGGUACUAUAUGUGGGUCUGCCUCUGUACCUCUAAACUUACCAUGAGGUUGCUUCAUUAAAGGCCAUGCUUUGCUUCAGGGUGCUCUUGUGCCAGUUUGUUCUCUCUGCCUUUUCUGCUCCUCACUUCUGUGGUUGAAUGAUGAGAGCUGAGAGAUCUUGAGAAUUGAGCUCCACCUUCUCUGACUCUGCUAAUGAAAUGGGCAGGCAACUGAAUCUGCUGCUUGUGCAAAUGUGUUUGAUUGUUGGUGUCUUGCCAUUCCACGGAUCUGCAGGAUUCCUGAAGCACCGAAAUAUUUAUCAGUUUAGUCUUUUUCAUAAAAGAACAUGCCGUCUCUCCUAAAUCUCCUCUCAGCUUUGGUUGGAAAAGACACGAAAAGUUAGUAGCACUACCUCCCAGAAAAGCAUUCCAACACAUAUUGCCUUCAGACUACUCCCCAGAUAAAGCCAGCCAUCCUCAUAGUGCCAUAUGGCCUUCAAGUAUUGCUGUUCCACCUACAUCCUCUGAAGGUCCUGCAAAGAAAUGGGUGCAUGGUCCUAUAUCUUCUCCUUCAAUUUCACAUCACAAGCAUCACCACAAAAGCAAAAAGUUCCACAGCUCCGCUCCAGAACCAACUUACAGUCGACAAGGCCCUGCAGUCUCCCCCCUUCAAUCCCCCUUCUCUUCAACAAGUAGCUGGGCUGCAGCUGCACCAUCACCAACAACUCUCACAAGCCACUAUAAUAGUAUGGAAGCCUCAUUUCAUGCCCGUUUUUCCACCUACAGUUUCUCCAGUGGGUUCUUCCCUGAAGAAUACAAAGGCGCCCCCACCAUCACCAAUUCUAGCACUACCACCUCCACCUCCCAGUGAAGAUUGUUCAUCAAUCACAUGCACAGAGCCAUUAACAUAUACACCUCUUGGCUCAAGCUGCGGUUGCGUGCGGCCAAUUCAAGUUCAACUCCAACUAGGUGUUGCAAUAUACACAUUCUUCCCUUUAGUUUCAGAGCUGGCUGAAGAAAUUGCAGCCAGUGUGGCACUAAACCAUAGCCAAGUUCGAAUUAUGGGAGCAGAUGCGGUCAGUCAGCAGCUAGAAAAAAGCGCUGUCCUCAUUAACUUGGUGCCUACAGGAAUAACAUUUGAUGGCACUACUGCAUUCCAAAUCUAUGAUAAGUUCUGGCGCAGACAGGUUUCCAUAAAGCCUUCCCUCUUUGGAGAUUAUGAAGUUUUCUAUGUUCACUAUCCAGGUCUUCCACCUUCUCCCCCUUCAGCAUCCUCAAGCAUUUCUACGACAGAUGAUGGGCCAUACACUGGAAAAGACAACAAUGGAAGGGCAAUAAAACCUUUUGGAGUUGAUGUACCAAGGAGAAAAAGAGAUGGGCUCGGAAAAAGUAUGAUUGCUGUGAUUGUUGUAUCAUCUUUCACAGCCUUUCUUUUAUGUGUCGGAGUUGUUUGGCUUUUGUUGCUGAAAUGUGGAUCAUGUCACUCACAUCAACUGGAAAAGUUUCCACAAACUUUGACAUCAUCUCCUACAAAACUCUCAGGGGCUCCGAGGUCGGUGAUGUUCGGAAGCAUGCGUGGUUCUGGAUCAACAUCCUUGAGUUCUGGCACACUGAAUUAUACUGGAUCUGCUAAAACCUUCACUUUGAACGACAUGGAGAGAGCCACUAAUAAUUUUGAUGCUUCAAGAAUACUUGGAGAAGGUGGUUUUGGGCUUGUUUACAGUGGCAUUUUGGAUGAUGGAAGAGAGGUGGCAGUGAAGGUUCUCAAGAGAGAAGAUCAUCAUGGUAGCCGUGAAUUCUUGGCCGAAGUUGAGAUGCUAAGCCGUCUUCACCAUAGAAAUUUGGUUAAAUUGAUUGGUAUCUGUACUGAGGGCCAUACUCGCUGCCUAGUCUAUGAACUUGUUCCAAAUGGGAGUGUUGAAUCCCAUUUACAUGGCAUUGACAAGGAAACUGAUCCCCUUGAUUGGGAUGCCAGAAUAAAGAUUGCCCUCGGUGCAGCUAGGGGCUUAGCUUAUCUCCAUGAAGACUCAAAUCCUCGCGUAAUACAUCGUGACUUCAAGGCUAGCAAUAUCUUGUUGGAAUAUGAUUGUACACCCAAAGUUUCAGAUUUUGGAUUGGCUAGAGCGGCAUUAGAAGAGGGAAAGAGACAUAUUUCAACACAUGUUAUGGGAACUUUUGGUUAUUUAGCUCCGGAGUAUGCAAUGACCGGCCAUCUCUUAGUGAAAAGUGACGUUUACAGCUAUGGUGUAGUCCUUCUUGAGCUUCUAUCAGGGAGAAAACCUGUAGACCUGUCACAACCUCCAGGCCAAGAAAACCUUGUUGCUUGGGCUCGCCCGCUCCUCACAAGCAAGGAGGGGCUAGAAAUGAUAAUAGACCCAGCCUUAAAGCCAUCUGAUAUCUCAUGGGAUAGUGUGACCAAGGUAGCAGCAAUUGCUUCAAUGUGUAUACAACCAGAAGUAUCUCACCGGCCUUUCAUGGGCGAGGUUGUGCAGGCCUUAAAGCUAGUAUGCAACGAGUUCAAAGAAACACAAGAAGUAGGAGCUUCAACAAGUUGUGGCCAAGAUGAUCUCUUCAUUCAUAUAGAUAGUGGCAGCUUGGAAGCCUCACAAUCACAGCAGGAGCAGGAGCUGCCGGGGUUUGGUGCUGGCCAUGGCACCAAGAUACCAUCAACAUCAGAUCUUUUAAGUGCACCUGUGGGACUUGAGGUUGAGGGGCAGGAAUUUGGGUCUUUUAGGAGGUACUCUAGUUCAGGGCCACUGAGGACAGGGAAGAGGAAGCAGUUUUGGCAGAGACUAAGAAGUUUGUCUAGAGGCAGCAUGAGUGAACAUGGGUUUCCAAUGAAAUUAUGGCUCUGAAGCCACAUAAACUGGUGUUUGUUGCAUCUUCUUUUCAUUUAAAGUGCACCUCCCUAAAGAGUUUGAGGCAUAAAUAGAUUUACCAUUAGUAAUGGAAAGGUGAUAUUCCAAGAAAAA